AUGGAGUGCCGCGGAGCCGAGGCCCUCGAGCAGGUUGAGCGCCACUACGGGGGCGUCGAAGGCCUGUGCCAGAAGCUGAAGACCGACCCGGUCAACGGACUCCCCAGCAGCCCAAAGGAGCUCGAAAAGCGGAGAAAAGUAUUCGGCAAAAACGAAAUCCCGCCCGCCCCGUCAAAAAGCUUCUUGCGGUUAGCAUGGGAAGCGCUCCAGGACAUCACCCUCGUUAUUCUUCUCGGGGCAGCCAUUAUAUCGCUCGGCCUCUCUUUCUACAAACCUCCCACAAAAAACACGGACAGCUCGGAACAAGAAGCCGGCUGGAUCGAGGGAGCGGCUAUCCUGAUCGCCGUCGUUGUCGUCGUCAUGGUGACGGCAUUGAACGAUUGGAGCAAGGAGAAGCAGUUCAGAGGGCUGCAGGCCAAGAUUGAAACCGAACACAAAUUCUCUGUAAUUCGCGAUGGUCAACCAAUUGACAUUAUCGUCAACGAUCUGGUGGUCGGUGAUGUGGCUCGCGUUAAAUAUGGCGAUCUGCUGCCCGCCGACGGGAUUCUCAUCCAAUCAAACGAUCUGAAGCUCGAUGAGUCGUCUUUGACCGGAGAAUCGGAUCUGAUCAAGAAGAGCGUGGAUCAUGAUCCCAUUCUUCUAUCCGGAACCCAUGCGAUGGAGGGUUCUGGCCGUUUCAUCGUGACGGCGGUUGGCGUCAACUCCCAAACGGGCAUCAUCAUGUCGUUGCUCGGAGCCGUGAAACAGGACAAAGAGGAGAAAAAAGCGCCGUCAAAAGAACCCGAGGCUAUCAAUGGCAACGGUGUUCUGGUGGCGAAUGGUGCCCCGAAAGAGGGGAAACCAGUCAUUGUGGAUGAGGAAGAUGCUGGGAAGGUCACCAAGUCCGUCCUUCAGGGAAAACUCUCUUCGUUAGCCAUUCAGAUCGGUUACAUCGGCUCAAUCGUGGCGGCGGCCACCGUGUUGAUGUUGGUGGCGCGGUUCUGCUUCGAGAAUUAUGUGAUGGCCAAGAAGGCAUUCGAGCCGACAGACCUCUCAUAUUUCGUCAAUCACAUCAUUAUCGGUGUGACGGUGCUGGUGAUAGCUGUCCCAGAAGGACUUCCGCUUGCCAUCACACUCGCAUUGACCUACUCGGUCAAGAAGAUGAUGAAAGACAACAACCUUGUGCGGCACUUGGACGCGUGCGAGACGAUGGGUAACGCGACGGCCAUCUGCUCGGAUAAGACGGGCACACUGACGACGAACCGGAUGACGGCUGUCCAGGCUUUCAUCAAUGACGAGUUCUACAAAAACAAUCAGCUCCCGAAAUACGAUCAACUAGAUGAGAGGACAGCUUCAAUGAUUGUUGAUGGCAUCUCAAUCAAUAGCGGUUUCAACUCACAAGUUGUCGAAGGGAAGCAGCCAGGAGCACCAAGGGAACAGAUCGGCAACAAGACCGAAUGCGGACUCCUCGGCUUCGUCCUCGACCUCGGCAAGAACUAUGAUGAUAUCCGGAAGCUGCACCCAGAGGAAACGCUCUUCAAGGUGUACACCUUCAACUCGUCCCGCAAAUCGAUGAUGACCGUCAUCGCGUUGCCGAACGGGCGAUAUCGUGUAUUUGCCAAGGGAGCCUCGGAGAUCAUCUUGUCGCGAUGCUCAUACAUCUUGGGUCGAGGCGGCAAGAUCGAGUCGUUCGACGAGGCCGGGCUGGCCGAUCUGACACAGCGUGUCAUUGAACCCAUGGCUUCGGAUGGACUGCGAACGAUCGGAUUGGCCUACAAGGACUAUGUGGUGUCGGGGGAGAAGAAGGAGGAGAACGAGGUCGAAUAUUCGGGUGAGGUCAACUGGGAAGAUGAGGAGACUGUCAGGGGAGGAAUGACUGCUAUUGGCAUCAUGGGUAUUCAGGAUCCAGUUAGACCGGAGGUGCCCGCCGCCAUCGAAAAAUGCCAAAAAGCCGGCAUCACAGUCCGUAUGGUCACCGGAGACAACAUCAACACUGCCCGUUCUAUCGCCACAUCAUGCGGCAUCCUCAAGCCGGGCGCCGACUUCCUGGCCCUCGAGGGCAAGGAGUUCAACGCGCGCAUCAGGGAUGAAAACGGAAAAGUGGACCAGGCGAAGCUCGACGCGAUUUGGCCCCGAUUGAGGGUACUGGCUAGGGCACAGCCAUCCGAUAAGUACGUUCUCGUCAAGGGAAUCAUCGACUCGAAGAACACGAAGAACCGAGAGGUGGUGGCCGUUACGGGUGAUGGUACAAACGAUGCGCCGGCUCUGAAAAAAGCCGAUGUCGGUUUCGCGAUGGGAAUUGCAGGAACGGAUGUGGCCAAAGAGGCAUCAGAUAUCAUCCUCACUGACGAUAAUUUUACAUCUAUCGUCAAGGCCGUAAUGUGGGGACGUAACGUCUACGACUCGAUCGCCAAGUUCCUCCAAUUCCAAUUGACGGUGAACGUUGUCGCCGUGACGAUUGCCUUUGCUGGAGCGUGUCUGAUUAAGGAUUCUCCAUUGAAGGCCGUCCAAAUGCUGUGGGUGAACCUCAUCAUGGACACGCUCGCGUCGCUGGCGUUGGCCACCGAAAUGCCGACAGAAGAUUUGUUGGAGAGGAAACCGUACGGAAGGACGAAGAGUCUCAUCUCCCGCACCAUGGUCAAGAACAUUGUCGGGCACGCCGUCUAUCAGCUGGCGGUGCUCUUCGUGUUGAUGUUCUGGGCCCCUGAUUUCAUCCCCCACACCCCGGAUGGACGGGAAGCCGGGCUCAACUCCAGGCCGAGCGAACACUUCACCAUCAUCUUCAACUCGUUCGUCUUGAUGACGCUGUGCAAUGAGAUCAACUCCCGGAAGAUCCACGGCGAGCGCAACGUCUUCAAGGGUCUAUUCACGAACCCGAUCUUCUGCGUCAUCUGGAUCACGACCCUCAUCUCGCAGGUGCUCAUCGUACAGUAUGGUGGCCAUUGGUUCUCCACGGCACCCCUCGACUUCGUCCAGUGGGCCGUCUGCGUGGCAUGCGGUCUUGGUUCGUUGCUGUGGGGCCAGGUGGCCCAACAGAUCGGUGUGCAAAAGACGGGUGCCGGUGGAUCGAUCGACAGUUCCGGGGCAAGACGCCCGGGUCAAUUGCUGUGGCUGCUCGGACUGACGAGACUUCAGACGCAGAUGCGAGUGGUGAAGGCGUUCCAAUCGUCUACUGAGGACAACCAUCCCUCAUCCCUGACGACGUCGACGGCUGAUCGUCUACGGGCCUCCUACCGCAGGUUGAAGAUCGCCAAGGAGUUGGAGCAGCAGAAACGAGCGGGUAGUGUGCGCGUGUCAGCGGCCAAGGAUCCGGCCAAGGACACGACGGCCAUGAAGUUCGUC